CUUUUCUAUUCCACCGUAUGAAACUUUUUCCCCGCCGAGGUCUCAGCAGCGAUUUAACGCCUAGGUGUCGCGGAGCCUGAAGGCUCAGAGUCGCCGCGCGUGCCGGGAGGUGGAGGGAGAGGACUGGCGAGGCGGGAAGGUGGGCUCUGGCCUCGGGGAGCCGUGAUCUGAGCCGCCGCCGCCGCCCCUAGCGGGGAGCAGCGGGAAGGAGGGGGCCGCGGUCGGGGAACGGGGCCCCACCAUGCCCAAAGUCUUCCUGGUGAAGAGGAGGAGCCCGGGGGUCUCGAUCCGCAGCUGGGAUGAGCUCCCGGAUGAGGAAAGGGCAGACACCUACAUCCCAGUGGGCCUGGGCCGUCUGCUCCAGGAACCCCCCGAGGACUGUCGUAGCGAUGGCGGGAGCAGCAGCGGCGGCAGCAGCAGCACUGCCGGAGAGCCCGGAGGCGCCGAGAGCAGUUCGUCCCCGCGCGCCCCUGAGCGCGAAGCCUCGGAGCUCCGCGACGCCGAGGGCCCUGGUGGACACCUGGCGGCGAAGCAGCGCCCGGCCGCCAGGUCGAAAAUCAAGUUCACCACAGGCACGUGCAGUGACUCGGUGGUGCACAGCUGCGACCUCUGCGGCAAGGGCUUCCGGCUGCAGCGCAUGCUCAACCGCCACCUCAAGUGCCACAGCCAGGUGAAGAGGCACCUGUGCACCUUCUGCGGCAAGGGCUUCAAUGACACCUUUGACCUGAAGAGGCACGUCCGCACGCAUACAGGCAUCCGCCCCUACAAAUGUGACGUCUGCAACAAGGCCUUCACCCAGCGCUGCUCCUUGGAGUCCCACCUGAAGAAGAUCCACGGGGUGCAGCAGCAGUACGCCUACAAGCAACGCCGGGACAAGCUGUACGUCUGCGAGGACUGCGGGUACACGGGCCCCACCCAGGAGGACCUGUACCUGCACGUGAACAGUGCCCACCCGGGCAGCGCCUUCCUCAAAAAGACAUCCAAAAAACUGGCGGCCAUUUUGCAGAGCAAGCUGACGUCCACGCUGCAGAGGAAGGCCCACCAGAGCGAGGAGGAGGAGGAGGAGGAGAAGUGAGCGGGCUGAGGAGGGAGGGAGGAGAGGAUGCAAGCCAAUGCUGCCGGCUUUACGAGUUUUAUGUGUUCUCUUGGAUUUGUGGGUCCCCUCCCGCCCCACUGCCUCUUCAUUGUAAGUGUUGAUUUGAUUCAUCUCUCUGAGGUUUGGAGACCUCACCAGAGGGGUCUGUUCCAAAGUCAUCAGUUACAGUAGUGAUGUCGGGUCCUGUCCCGUGUGUCCUUUGAACACAGUGGCCUUGAUGAAGGUGUGUUUCCCACAUUCCCCAUGGCCUUGAUCCCCAGGCAGACUUUUUUGUUUUUAAUUUUACAGUUUCUACACGUGGUUCUUAGAGAGACAAUCGUUUUAUGGUGCCUUGAAAUAAAAGUUACUCCCACUUGAAAUGCUCCUCACACAAGGAAAAUGAAUUUUACUAUUCCGAAAGAGUUUACAGAAAUUAUUUUAAUAAGUGAAAUGUUCUUAUGCAACUUUUCUUAACAAACCAAGCAGGAGAGUAUAUGGACAGCUCCCUGCUCAGGGCUUAUUGUAUGACAUUUGACUUCGGGUUAUUUGUGGGAUUGAUUAUUUUGUGUUGGGGGGCAGGGGUGGCCCUGAAGAAGCGAAUCUUGAGUGGUGGGUAGAAGAACAAAUGGCUGAUGGAAAAAAAUAGCACUAAAAGCCUGCCCUAUGCGGGCCAGUGGGCAUGGACUCUUGGCUCAACAUGGUGGGCCUCUUAAAUAAAGGCAGGUGGAUCCCAA